AAUAAGGUCGUGUUUGGCGAAAAGCCUCCCGGGGCGCCCUCUGCAGUCUCAGUCUUCUUCUUCCACAUCUCUUUCUGCAAAUCUCAUAAGUAACCUUCGGAGCUAAGAUGGAAUUGAAGCCGGAAGAUUGACGCCGGAGAAGAGGCUUCUCGUUCCCAAGGAAAGGGUGAUGGAGAACGGCCACCGCGUAACCAAAGAGGAGGUGAUUGCCGAGCUCAAGGACGACGGCGACUUCGACCGCCUCCGCCUCAAAAUCAUCCGCCGCCUCAAGGAUAACGAAGAGCUUCGGGACAAGAUUAUAUCCAUUGUGAAGCAGUCAGCUGCACUUAAUCGCCCGGGGGCGGAAAACAUGAAGCCUCGACAACUUUCUGAUACGAUAUACGAAGAAGUAAGGGGCGAAGUUAUGGGCCAUAUAUCUGAAGGUCUAUGGGGAAUAAUCAAAUCGCCAGAUGGCAUGAAGACUGAAAUCACUGAUACGGUAGAAUCUGUAUAUCGUAAAUUAGUUGAUCCAAAUGGCACAGAAAUCGGGCAUUCGUCAAUGCUGAAAACAACGUCAAAUUGGCAAGCUGUCAAUGGUGGCUCCUUUGCAGUCUCAUCUGGAGAGAAGGAUGGGGUCUCUGAUAGUGAGCCAAUAGAACCUCGAGGUUUCUCCUUAGCCCAUAAUCGUAGCAAUCAUGAUGACUGGAGCAACCAGGAUCAGAGACCGUUUCCUCAUGAAAGAUCAUCUUCUGAAGAUUUGAAAGAUAGUCGAGAAUCGGCUCAUAUUUUGACCUCGAAGGAUGCUAAUAUGCCCGAUGAGAGCAGAAAGCUCUUGGAUGAUAGUGAUGAAGACCCUCCUUUGCCCCCUGGUUUUGGAUGAUAUACUUUCCACCACAGACAUUGUGUCGUGCUUAUGCGUAAAUUGGACAAAGGAGUUCUUUCACUGAGUUACUGCUGAAAUAUGCCUUCUUAUUUUAACUUAUUGUGAUUAAGGUAAUCGGAAAUUGGCCAAAAGAAAAAGGUGGUCAGAAAUUGACCUCACUCCAUACAUCUUCAAUGCUUGCUGCGGAUGCAUUUUUGGUUGCCGUUAAAGUACCUGUUGAUAUCUUAAAGAAUUUUUUUAGACCAGUAUCAAGCAAAAUGUCCCUUUCUCACUCUCUCUUGCUCCGUACCGUCAUCCUGAAAUGAAGGAUGGUUGGGCAGGAAUCCCGUGUCUAGCACCUCAAUGAUCGCUCCCUUCCCUUAGUUUGAGCUUCUCCACAGACCCACUCCCUGUUGCAACUGCAAGCCAAGAAAGCCCGGAAUGCGUCUCCUGGAGUUUAUGCACUCUCUGCUGAUGGGCAGCCACAAAUCCUUCCUUUGCUUGCAUGGCGCUUACUUCCUCAGUCAGUCUUGUGGUGAAACCGCUCAUCACGUGUGGGUAGGAGUAAAGAAUUUGCUGUUGCGGCCUGUCAUCAUUCUCACCCUCAGUGGUAGUGGCGGGCAGAAAGGACCGGUGCCAUGUUUUCUACUCUUGAUGCUCGGAGAAGACUAUUCCCUUGGGGCAGUUUAUUACGUGGACAAUGUAAGUCUGCAAAGAUGAGGCCUCAUCAGCACGAGAAAUCCCAAACAGGCGCUGAACUGCUGAAGAGUAUAAGGACGAGGCUGAGGAUAGGGAAAGAGGCCAAGCUUGUGGAGGAACUACGGCACCUCAUCGAGCAAAGGUGAUUAGGGGAAAGGAUUGCGACUUUUUGAGUGGUGAAGUGACAUUGUGUGCUUCAUUCUCAUUAAUAUUAGAGGUGUAAAGAGAGAAAUGAGGUCGGCAUUUCAAUAGAAGUUCCUAUUGUUGAACUGCUGAAAACGUUCCGGCUCUUAUGAGCAUUGUUUUUCGAGCUA